GACGACGACGAAGAAGAAGGCAGGCGUGGCUAGGUGUUUUCCUGACGGACGGAGGUUUUUGUACCCAUCUUUUAUCAGUGAAAUAUUUUACAAAUCAAACGGUUCUUUUAAGAGCCUCUCUCUCUGUUUCUAUCUUUUUUCUUGUGUUUAUCUCUCUCCCUAUUUGUAUCUUUUCAUACCUUUAUCCUUUCAUUAUUUAUCUUUAAAAAAUCGGCAAAUGGCAUCUGAGGCAUUCAGACAAGCAGCAAAAUCCUUGGCAGAUGAGUUUGAAACCACAAAUACCAAAAAGAAAAGAAAGCAAAAGGGACCUAAAGCUUCCAAUGUUUCCUGGAGGAAGAGAGACCAGCAUGGGAACAUCCUACCACAACGUGUUAGGAUUAUGAAGAAUCGAUCUGUGAAACCCUCUGGCACUAAGGUUUCAGAAGUUGAGGAGCUCUCUGAAGUUGAGGAGGUGAAUGAAAUUCAACAGGAGGUCCCAAAUCUUGAUCAACAUCUUCAGAGACUAAAAGACCUGGUAAAUUCAGUCACUGUCACUGCAUCGGUGGAAGAAGACACAACCACCAUGUCUGCGUGGACAAAAAGACAGGCUAUCUCUGAAAAAAAAUUUAAGGCUGCGAUGCCAGAAAUUUUAAAUUGCAUGUUGACUGCAGAGACUGUAAACCAGCAUUGCUGUCAACAAUGCAAGAUGACUGAUGCUGUUGUCCGGUGCUUGGACUGUGUUCCCUCAGGAAUUCAGUUUUUCUGUUCCACAUGCGACACAGAGAUCCACAGAAAAAAUGUUUUUCAUAACAGAGAAGUUAUGUUUGAUGGGUUUUUCAAUCCUAUUCCACCAACAUCCUUUGUGGUGGUUUGUGGUGACCAGUAUCACCUCAGUGAACAAGUGUGUAUACUUCCAAUUCUUCCGCCACUGCAAAUCUGCUCCUGCGGUCCAAACCAAGACCUCAUAAUCACCCCAGGAAAGCAGACAGUCUUGGUGACAAUCAAUGGUCCAUACAAACUGUGCCUGCCUAGUGUAUGCUGUCCACUGUGUUCUACUAAAUGGACUCCUGGAAUUAGUGACUUGCUUAAAUUUAGAUAUUGGCCAGCAACCACCAGCUGCCAAAUGCUGUUUAAGUUUGAUGUGUUCACAUCAUUCGAGCAGAUGAAGUUAGCUAGCCCAUCCUUAUCCCAACAAGCAUUUCUCAAAAUGCUUGAGCAUCGAUCUCUUUCCACGGGUCGGAUGGGUAGUAUUUGUGGCAAUACGUUUAAUAGAGUUUUUCGGGAGUUUGCCUUCUGCAGUUAUAAAAAGGAAGAUCUGUGCUUGAUGGAGCCUUUUAAAUGCCCAGCAUGCACACCAGACAUGCUGGCUAUAUCUGCAGACGGCAAUAGAAAACAUUACAGAUUCAAGAAAUCCAAAGGGACAGACGAACCACCUCUUUUUGAUGGACUGUUCAUCGCACAAGAUGCCAAAGUAUCUGCCUUUGUUGAGCAAAUAAGAAGCCAGAUGUGUAGUAGGACAGGUCAUGAUGUCUGUGGGCCAGCAACAUUUACAGCAGGCAGAGAAACAUCACAGAAAUCCCGGGCCAAGGUGGAUGAAGAGGGCCUUGAAAUAGCGGUGUGCAGACAUGGAGUCUUGCUGCAAGGCUUGAAUCACUAUCGUGGUGAAAUAUAUGCCUACCCAAUGUUCCUGCAGAAGGAACUGGCACAAGCUGCAAAUGUGACAUUCUUCUGUAUGGACAUUGCUUGCAGGUAUUGGCCUUAUUUGGAAAAGAUGGCAGAGAAGUUGCCUGAGCUCCAACCACUAACCAUGAUGAAGCCUUUCCUCUCCGUAAUGCAUGCUAAGGCCCACACUGGCAAAUGUGAGGUUAGGUGGGGUGGUAGAAGCCAGGAUGGUGCAGGAAAUACUGUCGGUGAAGAGGUGGAACAGGUCAAUAGUUUCCUUUCAAGGGCAGCUCUUACUACAAAGUACAUGACCAAGUCAGGCAGAGCAGAUAUGAUAACUGUGCUUGCCAUGGCAUGGAACAAUAGGAAGGUGGAGAGUCUUCACAAGACACUGGCAAAAAGAUUUGUCAAAACUACACAGAGAGCUGAAAUGGAAGCAGCCAAUCUUGAGAGUCUCAAGCAGGAGUUAAACAUCUCUGAGGAGGAUGCAGAUCGGUGGGUGUGUGAUGUGCAGCAAUGGGCAGCAACUGAGAGAGACAGUACUCCCGGUAGCCAGGAAGAGCUCCAGAAAGAAAUUGAUGAGAUCAUUUAUUCGAUCCGAAGAAAGAAGCGUGAUCUGUAUCGACAGAAUGACAGCAACCAAACAAGGCAGCGCAAACGGAGAAGACUUGGUGAGCUCAAAAAGACACUCCGAGAGAAGAUAGUGCAGUACAACACCCUUCCUGGCUGUGAAGACACAAUUGACACAGAAGCAGCAUGCUGUCUCUCUGAUGAUUUCAUUAUGCCUUGGGAAGCACAAGGAGAUGUGGUGAGUCUCCGCUUGAAGAGGCGGCUGUUUGACCAAGUCAUGCUGGCCAAGCGCAUGGAUGAGGAGAAGAUAAUAAUAGUGAAAGAGAUGACUCAGCAUUAUCAACAUCUAAAAAGUACAUUGGACCAACUGGACACCUUCCUUCGGGAGAUUAAAGAGGACAUCAAGAUCCAUAAUCCACCAAGAGAGCUGACUGAAGAGGGACACAGGGGGCUACACUGCUGUAUCUUACAAAAGCGGCACAUUCUGCAGCAAAAACUUGCAGCAGUCGCCAGCACCUAUGGCAGUGUCAACACAGACCCUUCCUUCUUCAUGCUGCAGGAAGAUGCUGAUGAGGAGAUUGAGGACAACAGCAGUUCAGAAUUUUCUGAAAAUGAAUUUUAAAGAAUUUUAAAUUUUAAAGCCGCAAACAUUGGAAGCACUCUUUGAUUCUUUGGAAUUUAUUGAAAUAUUUUUCAGAUUUAUUAAACAAAAUAAUAAGUAAAAGUCAUUCUAAACAUGA